GAUGUGGAGAAAGAGAAGGAAACCCACAAUUACCUCAGCAAAGAGGAAAUCCAAGAGAAAAUUCAUAAAUACAAUUUAGCAGUCACAGACAAGUUGAAGAUGACCUUGAAUCCGAAUGGGACUUACACUGGCUUCAUCAAGGUGCAGAUGGAGCUCUGCAAGCCCCCGCAGGCGUCUCCGAGCACCGGAAGGCCCGCUCCCGGCAACAGCGGCUGCAUGAACACUCUUCACAUCAGCAGCACCACGACCGUGGGGGAAGUGAUCGAGGCCCUGCUCAAAAAGUUCCUCGUGACCGAGAGCCCUGCCAAGUUUGCACUUUAUAAGCGUUGUUACCGGGAAGAUCAAGUCUACGCCUGCAAGCUCUCAGACCGGGAGCAUCCACUGUACCUGCGCUUGGCAGCAGGGCCCAGAACAGACACACUUAGUUUUGUUCUCCGUGAACAUGAAAUUGGAGAGUGGGAAGCCUUCAGCCUUCCAGAACUGCAGAAUUUCUUGCGUAUCUUGGACAAGGAAGAGGAUGAGCAGCUGUAUAACCUGAAGAGGCGCUACACGGCCUACAGACAGAAGCUGGAGGCGGCCCUCAGCGAGGUGUUGAAACCCGGUUAAAGGCCGGCUCCCGGAGGCUCAGGGCGCGCAGGGACUGCGGACAAACCAGCAGCAAGUCUCUUCUCGGAGGGCUGUUUCCUGGCCCCGUGAUGCGAGGGUCUUCCCCCUUUUAUCUCUAGAGCUAGCUCUCCAAACCUGGGCCGCAGCCCCUGCGCCUGGCGACCUCUGUCCGGGAUCCCGCGAGCUUGUCUGUUACAGCUGCGUGUCCCUCCCGCGAGCUGGGCCACGCGAUGCUCGGAAGCAUGGACUCUGGGUUUUGUUUUCUCGUCUUCUCUGUUAUUUUAAUUAUUUGAUGAUGAUGUUAAGCUUAAGGAUGUGCAAAUGAUUUUUAAAAAGCUUAACAAGGAAUCUUAUCUGAAUACUUGUCCUAUGUUGAAACUACCUGUCUUUUUUUUUUUUUUUUUUUUCAAUAUCAGAGGGAACAUCCAUGUGAAUGAAAGGCACAGGAAGCUGGGAACUCUGAGGAAUUUGGGAGGGACUUUGGAGGAGCUUGACAUUUCAGGAAAGUAAAGAGCAAGUUGGGAAGAAGGCUUGAGUGGAGUUGGAGGAGCUCUGAGUGAGGGUGGUUUGGGUGAUGAGUUGAUGGAGGAGAGAGAAAGGUAUAUUUGUUUGUCAAGGAGUUAAAAGCAUUCAGUUUUGAAGUGUUAGACCCACUGUAGCACUGCUUGGUUUCUUAGUGAAUAAAAUAUGAAAACAGCACCAAAGAAAGUAGGAGCUAGACCAAAGAGGGGGGUGGUGACUGAGGCCGACCGGAACGUUGUUGCAUGCCAUGCCGGCAGGUGAUGGUCCAGAGCCGGGGAGGGGAGCCUGCCUUCCCGGGUCCUGCCUUCCCAGAUUCUGCCUUUUCAAGUGGAAGGUGCAGCUUCCCUGGGCAGGUGGAGCAGGGACUGUGUGUAACUCCUGCUGAGUUAUUGCUUUUCCCUGAGGUUGUUUCCAAAGCUGAAAAGGAGUCUGGGUAGGGCCCCUGUUUCUCCCGAUGGUUGGCUGGGAGAUUUGUUCAGGAAAGAGCUCACUGCACACUUUGUGACAAUCACUCCUCCGUUUCCCUUUCCCUUCCCCUCCCUAUCUUUUCCCUCCUUCCCUUUCCCUUCUCCCUUCCUCUUACCAAUGGAAGUCCGUUCUGUGUAGUGGAGAACAGGGCUAUGGAUGAAAGACCCAAUACUACCAGAACCUCGGUUCCGAGGAGGCCUUCACUGAGGAGGACGACAGCAAGAAGGGGGAGGGCCCUCCCCUGGCACCACAGAGGGGCAAUUUAUGGAAACAUUUUAUCAAAAGUGCAUGUUCCUUCCGACCAAAGAAAUGCAUGUGCAAUAGAAGCCUUCCUUAAAGCAAGUUAAAUAACCUCAUUUUAUGCAGCAAUUAAUCUGAAAACAAUGGGAAAGGUGUACUGUGGUUCUAGAGAGGGAUUUACAGUCUAUUUUUUUUUGUCUAGAUAUUUUUUGUUUUUAUAAAUUCCCAAGGAAUUGUUAACGCUUUGGUGACACCUACUGGAUUCUUUGUGAAAUUCCAAGGUGCUUCAGCUCUUUGCCUUCUCCGCGAACUGUGCCUUUUAAUGCAUUUGUUUCCCUCCCGGGGGCUCUUCUGACUGUCAGAGAGCUCCCUCUCGGAGGCAGAUGAAGUGCUGGCGAUGCUGUGCCACACGUUACUGAGACAAUCGUAUCUUCCUAAGCUUUUCGAGGAAAGAUGGAAAAAAAAGUAGAGCUAGCUAUAAAAUAUGUAUGGCACAUCUUGUUUAAUUUUGCAUGUGACUUCUUUUUAGUGCAUUGAUGAGGUUUUAGUGUCAUUGUCACCCAACACUUUAUUGUUCAGGGAAUGCCUUCACGGUUUUUAUACUGGUUUUACUAUUCAGACUGUGGCUUGGGUUUGAGUAUAGUGUUAUCAACCACCUGCUCUUUUCUCUACCCAUCCCAGUAAGCUUAUAUUUUGUGAAGCAUUUGUUUCUCAGAUUAAGACACUGUUAGAACCUAAUGUAGUAGCUGAUGGGUAUCUGAAUUUUUUUUUUUUUUUUUUACUUGAAGUAGAUUGUCUAAAGUAGGCACCCUCACCUGUAUCAUCCAGACCCUGUUUAUUGUCGUGUGCACUACAAGUUGCAAUUCGGAAAAUUCUUACUGUUCUUGAAGAUCGAUGCUCUCUCCAAGACACUGGUUACUGCAGCGAGGUUAAUGUGUAAAAGAAGGGCCAGUAAGGCCACUGAUUUUUAAAAAUCAUUGUGCAAAUUCUUAUGUUAAAUUAUCUAAGCUUUGCUGUAAUACUGUUUUCUCUUCACUAUGUGAUGGUACAGGAAUGAUGUCAAAUGAAGGGGGGAAAUAUUGCAGGGGAGCAUUGCAAAUUACAGACAUAAAAGUUAUAAUAUUUAUAAUUUUGAGGAGUGUAAGUUUAUUUUUAUAGGGAACAUUUUUCUUCCCUAAAUUGUUUUUGGAAUGGCAAUUUGUUUCCAUUAUUAAAAGUCGAUGUUGUCAGUUGA